AUGAGGUUCACAAAUCUCUACGGUCUGCUGGCCGCAUCAAUAGCCCUGGUAGCAGCCGUCGACCUGACUGGCUAUGAGUUCAUCGUCGUCGGCUCCGGCGCCGGCGGUGGAGUCUUGGCCGCCCGUCUUGCCCUCGCCGGACGCAAAACCCUCCUCAUCGAGGCCGGCGACGACCAGGGCGCCAAUGAGAACUACACAGUCCCAGCGUACCAAGCAAAGUCCACCGAAGACGAUGCUAUGGCCUGGGACUUCUUCGUCCGUCACUACGCCGACGAGACAAGACAAGCCCGCGACUUCAAGACCUCAUACGAGACUCCCGGCGGCGGCGAGUACACGGGUCUCAACCCGCCGUCCGGCUCCAAGAUGAAGGGUACUCUGUAUCCGCGCUCCGGCACCCUUGGGGGUUGCACCGCGCACAAUGCACUCAUCGCGGUGUACCCUCACCGCUCCGAUUUUGACUACAUUGCCAGCCUCACCGGCGACUCAUCUUGGUCAGCGGACAACAUGCGAAACUACUUCAUCCGCAUGGAGAACAACCGCUACCUCCUCCCUGGCGUCCCAGGCCACGGCUACAACGGCUGGUUCAGCACCGAGACGGCACCACUCAACCUCGCCCUCCUCGAUCCCCAACUCUCGAGCCUUAUCACCGGAGGCGCGUUCGCUCUCGGAAACGAGACGAACCUGGUCUUCAACAUCGCCACACUUCUCGCCGGUGACGGAAACAGCGUGGCCGCCGUCCGCGACACGCAGCCGGGCUACUACCCGAUCCCCAUCUCCUCCAACGAUGCCCACCGUGUCGGCUCCCGCGAGUUCAUUGUCGCCGUCCGCGACGCAAAGACCAUCACAGGUGCAAAGCGGUACCCCCUCGACGUCCGCACGAGCUGCCACGUAACCAAGGUCCUCUUCGACAACUCCUCUCCGCCCAAGGCUACUGGCGUAGAGUUCCUCGACGGCAAGUACCUCUACCGCGCGAGCCCCCGCUCCCGCAACGCUGGUGCCGGCAUCCGCGGCACAGCCACCGCCUCCCGCGAGGUCAUCAUCGCCGGCGGCGCCUACAACUCCCCCCAGAUCCUCAAGCUCAGCGGCAUCGGACCGGCCGCCGAGCUGCGCAAGUUCAACGUCACCGUAGUCAAGGACCUCCCCGGCGUCGGGACGAACCUGCAAGACCACUACGAGAUCACCGUCCAGGGCCGUACGCCUGCCGACUUCAGCUCGCUCAACGGGUGCACGUUUGGGUUCUACGGGCAGAGCGACCCAUGCCUCGCCCGGUGGAACACCCCCAUCCUCGGCGACCGGGGCGUCUACGAGUCCUCGGGCUUCGCGGCGACCAUGUUCUACAAGAGCACCGUUGCCGAGAGGAACGAGUGGGACGUGUUCGCGUUUGGCGGGCCCGUCAACUUCCGCGGGUACUACCCCGGCUACGGCGUCAACGCGACCGUCGCGCACGACUGGUUCAGCUGGGCCAUUCUCAAGUCGCAUCCGCGCAACACGGCCGGCUCGGUGACGCUGCGCUCGUCGGACCCGCUCGACGUGCCGGACAUCCUCUAUAACUACUUUGAUACAGGCUCCGGCAACUUUGUUGCCGAUUUGCAGGCCAUGACGGUGACCGUGAAGCUCGCGCGCGACGCUUUCGCACGCCAGCUGGUCCCGAUCGAGGAGGAGCUGCCCGGCGCCGGGGUCCAGGGCGACGCUGCUGUGAAGCAGUAUAUCCAGGACACGGCCUGGGGCCACCACGCCUCUUCGACGUGCCCUAUUGGCGCCGAUGACGAUCCCAUGGCUGUGCUUGACUCCAGCUUUAGGGUGCGUGGUGUGUCUGGUCUGCGAGUCGUUGAUGCUUCGGUAUAUCCUCGCAUUCCUGGCACGUUCACUGCUGUGUCUACGUACAUGGUUGGCGAGAAGGCUGCCGAUGUGAUAUUGAGUCAGAAUCAGUAG